UCACCCACUUCUCUCACUCGAGGCAUCCCUAAAAAGGCUCUAUUUUCCCCUGCCACUCUCAAUCCUCGCAGCAUGAGGAUGAUAUCGGGAUCAAAAUUCAUAUCCUCUAAAGAUGGGAAGAAUCCCAAGACGAAAAAGGAUGUCCAUGUUAAAAUUGGACAAACAUUUGUGAUUGCACAUGGAUCUUGUCAAUUUGUGAGGGAUCUAGCCGACAAUUGUUCCCACAUAGCUAAUAAGAUCAAGGGAUUUAUCAAUCCCAUAGAUCUUCUCAAUCAUGCCUAUUUGGAGACCAAGGUUUCAGGAUCAUCUACAGCAUGUAUUAUAACAUUGAAUGAAUGGUGCUUGCAUGCUGUAAACAUUGGAGAUAAUGGCUUCAUUCUCCUGAGAAAUGAGGAAAUUUUAUAUGAAUCUCCUGUACAACAGCACACUUAUAAAACUCCUUAUCAAUUAGGGAAUGCUAAUGAUUCUCCAGAGGAAAUCAAACUCACGGAAUUAGAACCUGGAGACAUAAUAAUAGCAGGAAGUGCAGGAUUGUUUAAUAAUCUUUUUACUCAUGAGAUCAAAGAUCUUGUGAUAAAGGAGAUACGAAAAGACCCAGCUCCAUCUCCCGACAUGAUAGCAACGGAAAUUGCCAAAAACGCAAUUGAGAGAUCGAUCGAUAAAUAUCGAUUUACUCCUUAUUCGAAAGCUGCAUGGCAAGCCGGAAAGCGACACAAGGGUGGUAAAAUGGCUGAUGUAACUGCUAUUUUUGCUUUUAUUCUACCAUAAUAAUUGCUAUAUAUAUUUGCUGAUAUCUCUUCUUUUUGUUUGAGUCUGCUGCUGUGUUUUGGUCUUUUGUGUUUACAUCCACCUUUUCAUAAAAUAAAAUAAUUUUUACAAAAAAAGGAAAUAAA